AUGAGUCCAUUGAGGCGGAUAACUGCCCUGCUCGGAGCAUCAGUAUCGGCUGCGGCUUGGCAACUGCCCCGCAACAACAUCCCUCCAGAAGCCCUGGGUUAUCCUCAAAGAAGUGGACAGCAUCCGUUGGCCUGGGCGCCCAUUCACGACGAUGACGUUGACAUCGUGACCGGCUCGCAGUUUCACGGUCUGAAGACCUUCGGCAACCUGCCGUAUGUCAACUGCUUCUCGGAUGAGGAGGCACAACAGCAAGAUGCCAAGUACGACAUCGCCAUCCUCGGGGCGCCGUUCGACACAAGCACAACCGGCCGGCCAGGAGCUCGAUUCGGUCCCCAGGGAAUCAGAAUCGGCAGCCAGCGCAUCUUUCCGGGCGGAUACAGCAUCUAUACCGGGGAGAGCCCUCUGCAAUCAUGGGCCAAGAUCGUGGACACAGGCGACGUGCAGACAACAUGGCUUGACAACACUGUCGCGCUGCGCCAGCUAGACAAGGCGCACAAGGUGGUGUCCAGCCGGCCGGCCGCCAACGCGAGCGUGUCCCGUACGCCGCGUAUUCUCACCCUGGGCGGCGACCAUACGACGACGCUGAGCGCGCUGCGCUCAGCCCACGACAAGUGGGGUGACAUAUCAGUCGUGCACUUUGACAGCCAUAUUGAUACUUGGGACCCGGCCGUGCUGGGCGGCGGCCUGUCCGACUACGCGGGCGUCAACCACGGCACGUUCCUGCACAUUGCCCACGAGGAGGGCCUCAUCCGGAACACGUCCAUCCACGCCGGCAUCCGCGCCCCCGUCAUGCGCCGGAAGGGCGACCUGCGCAAUGACGUGCGCUGCGGGUUCGAUAUGAUCACCGCUCGAGCUAUCGACAAGGCUGGCGUGGACGGGGUGGUCGCACAGAUCAAGGAGCGUGUUGGUGACUCGAACGUCUAUAUCAGCGUCGAUAUCGACGUCCUGGACCCGGCCUAUGCCCCGGCUACUGGGACGGCUGAGCCGGGCGGAUGGACGAGCCGCGAAUUGCUGACAAUUCUCGACGGCCUGAGCGGGCUGAAAGUCAUUGGUGCGGAUGUUGUGGAGGUUGCGCCGAUCUAUGACAACCCAGGCGAGACGACUGUGUUGGCUGCUGCUGAGGUCGGGCUGUCACUGCUUACGCUGAUGGUUUACCAGCCAGUGGAGUCCAGGGCUGAUAAAGAGGCAUUGAAGAAGAUCAGGAAGGUGGAGUAG